AUGUCCAAACUGGACGGUAUAAUCUCAAUUCAUUCGGAACAGAAGAUUGCUCAAGAUGCCCUAUUGAAAGAAAAGGAGCUUCAAAUAAGCUCCCUGUUAAAAGAAUUGCAUGCUUUCAAAGAUUGUCUCGCCGCGAAAGAAGAACUCAAUUCAUACUUGCAAUCGUCUAUUUCCUUGAUAUGUAAAAGAGUGGGAGGUGAAGACAUGGAGUGUCCAGCGUCGUAUGAUAGAAAUUCACUGGAAAAGCAGAUUUCUGCCCUCAUGCAGUGUAUCACUUCGAGUGAAGAUAGAAAUGCUGAACUUCAAGCUGAUAAGGAAGUAUUGCGCAAACAAAUGUUGAUGUGUCGAGAGGAGCUGGAGGCAACAAAACUCAAGAUUAUUGAACAAGAAGCUCUUCGUAAUAAGGAGAAAACUGAAGCAGGACAGGUUUGA